AUGGGUUUAGGCCACCUGAUACCCUUGCUCGAGCUGGCCAAAGGACUCGUCGUCCACCACAACUUCACAGUCACCUUCCUCAUCCCUAACGACGGUACGAACCUGACACCGCAAAAGAAAGUCCUGGAAGCUUUGCCGGAGAGCAUAUCCUUCACCUUCCUCCCUCCAGUCAACUUCGACGACCUCCCACCAGAAUCGAAGGUGGAAACCAAGAUCGCUCUCACCUUGGCUCGGUCACUCUCCGCUGUCCGCGCCUCAGUUAAGGCCCUAGCGGAAUCGGCUCGGCUGGUGGCGCUUGUUGUUGAUGUCUUUGGUCCUGAGGCCUUUGAUGUGGCCAUUGAGUUUAAUGUGCUGCCCUACCUUUUCUUCCCUACUUCGGCAAUGGAUUUGUGGUUUGUGUUUGAGUUGCCAAAGCUUGACGAGACUACUACUUGUGAGUACAGGGAUUUGCCUGAACCGGUCCAGUAUUCGGGUUGUGUGCCGUUGCAUGGCAGAGACUUAGCAGACCCGGUUCAAGAUAGGAGCAAUGAUGCUUAUAAGGCGCUGCUCAGCAUCAGCAAGAGGUAUAAGUCGGCUGCUGGGAUCAUGGUGAACAGCUUUGCGGAUUUGGAACCGGGUGCUUUCAAGGAGCAAGUGUAA